UCUUAGUCAACUAGCCAUAUCUUUGGGUGUUUAUGGGAAACGACAACGCGAGUGAAAUCGUGCAGCAACAAAGAGCGCGUUUUGUAAGUCGCAUAAAAAUAUUUUUGUACAAAAUGUUCUCACAACUUCAAACAUGUUCGAUUGGGUUGGCAGAACCUAAACAGGCACUAGUGUUGCUGUUUUAGCAUUUUUAAAGCUCAACCUAGCUAAUAGGGGUGGUCAAAAGUAUUUUUUCAAUUGUUUUUCAAUUGAAAAAAAAGCUCGUUGUGUAAAUACUUUUGACCACCUCUGUAUUUGAAAAUGGAUACGCCCGAAAAAUGUGUUAAAGGCAUUACAGAUAAAACGAUUUAAUCCGAAAAUGACAAGUAUAAACUGACUAACACCAAAAUGGAACACUAGUUCUGUCUACCACAUUUGAUAACCUGGAAGAAAAGUACCAAAGAUACACUAAAAUAAAAGGGAAUAAAAUUUCUAGGCUAAACUAAAUAACUAAAAUAGAAUGUUAAAUAUUUUUUAAUAUUGUUAGUAAUUAAAACAAGAGAGAACGCUACAGUCGAAUUCCCGGCUUAUCGGCUUUCAGCUAGUGAAAGUCGGGGAACUAUAGCGCUGAGACCGAUGCAUACAUACGGUCCUGAUAAAGAAUAUAUAUACAUACUUCAUAUGGUCGGAAACUCUUCCAUCCACCUAUUACAUACUUUUCCACGAAUCUAGUAUAUUCUUUUACUUUACGAGUAGCGGGUAUACAAAUCAAAACCUUUUUUGAUAAUGUGGCUUGGAUUUUAAUAACUUAGCCUUGAUAGUUCCUGAGAUCUGGUCUUUUAUACGGACAGACGGACAUGGGCAGUUCAGCUCGGCUCUUGAUCCUGAUCAAGAAUUGUAUACUUUUCAACGAAUCUAGCAUACCUUUUACUCAAUGAGAAAGCAUGCAGACUUCAGAGACAUAGACGCAGCGCAAGUUUGUUGACCUAUGGCGUGGCACUCUAACGCCCACAGACAUACAAAAACUGUCAGAAUUGUAAUUUCUUCUUCGCACUUCCACUAGCUGAGUAACGGGUACAAGAUAGUCGGAUAACUCGACUAUAGCGUUCUCUCCUUGUUUUGUUAACGUUUAGUAAAAGACAACAGUUAUAAAUUUAUUUUGUAACAAUCAAUAAAUACACCUUUUUGGAAGGAACGUCACUUUCCCAUUUAAAUUCACCAUAACAAUAUAUUUCAUAUGGAUCCAGAAAACUUGGAGGUGGGACACAAUUAUGAAGGUUCCCAGGAAUCCUAUGCGAGCAGCACCAGUUCAAUUAGCAACAAUGGACAAGAUGACACUCAAUUUAAGCGUGAGGCUGAAAAAGCUAUCUGCAUCAUGCCGCCCCGACCGGGAACUACUAUGAUGAACUAUCAGGAGCUAUAUAUUCCACGGAACCAGCUCACAGAUGUAUAUUACCCUAUUCAGGAGGCGCAACGAUGGCUUACUCUAAUGGACAAGAUGGGCAAGGCCCACCGUUUUCCACUGCCUACGAUUCUGCCGAAAGUGAUCCAGACCCGCUACGUGCCAAAGCGUCAUCUUCCAAAGGACGUUGAAGUGGACCGGAGGCGUCGUCAGUACCAGAAGAUCAACCUAGUAAAAGAGCUGGCCAAGGCGGGACUUACUGACGACGUCCUCCAGCCCACCGAGGAACAAUACAAUGUAAUGUCCGAAUUCGCCUUCCCACACAAGUUUCCCCUGAGCUACUUCGACGACAGCAACUUUGACAUUAACUCUCCGGCGGCCUGGUUUGAGCUGGGAGCUGUCGGAAAUACCCACUACCCGCUUCCAGCGAAGGCGUACCUGCCCUAUAACCAAAGUCUGUUAAACUGCCAGUGGGGCAUGGCAGCUGUUACCGCUCACCACGAGGACUCCGACCUUUGGACACUCUUAUCGCUGGAGGACGGAUGCACGUACACGGUACCUAAGCUUCAGUUCAUGUUCAUGGCCGAAGACCCGCACAAGUACAUCAAGCGGCUGCAGGCCGCUGUUCACGAGCGGCACAAGGGAGAGCAACUUAUGCUAAUGGAGCUGAUCGUGGAUUGCGUCCUGCACGAGGAUAUUGAGUCAACCGUGUUCUAUAGCUUUAAGCCCAUAGAAUCGGUCCUGCAGGCGGCUACGGCGUCCGCGCAGUGCAAGAGGCGACUACGCUCCGAGGUGAACUUGGUGUUCGAGCGGCUAAUGGCCCUAUAUGAGUUGGAGCAGUUUAUCCUUAAGAUGCCCAAAGAAUUUCCCCAGUUCCGGAAUAUCAACCUCAAGGAAUUUCUGCCCCGGUCUUUCGCCGUGGACGUCUCCGGGAAGGAGCGCCUAGAACUGCAAGCCCUUGGCAUAACCAUGCAAGAGAAGCGGUAUGACUUUCUAAAGGCUAGUUUGUUUUACUGUGGCGGUGGCAUCGAGGCCAUGGCCGGAGUGGCCAUCGAGUGCCAGUACAUCGAAACACUUUCAAUCUUCAUCUGCAGCUUUAGCAAACCUCUUGCACUAGUGGACUUCCUUCAGGCGCAGGAGGCGCAUAGCGACAACGUUGCUACGUUCCUUAAGGUCUAUUGGCCGCAACAGCUGACAACGGUCAUUACCGUAGUACUCCGAGCCCUGGGAAAGGGCUGGCUGGACAUCUCCCUUAACACUUGGACGGUCUAUCUCAUGUGCAAAAUCUCGCGGUUUAUACUGCAGGUCAAGUUCCGUAUGCAGGAGUCAAUGGAGGUGCUGCUCGAGACGUCUCUGAUAAACUUCUCGCACUUCGUUUGCGACCCUUGCCUGCAAUUCCUUGAAUUGAAGUCCAACUACAAGUGGACCAAUAACUACAUAGACACCGAGUUUCCUUUUCAAAAACCUGUAUUCGCCAUGACCCUCGGCAUCAGCGAUGAUCGCAAAGUAUUUUACUCCACUGACCCGGAUGAGUUCCAGCCGGGGCUGGUCGAGAUCUUUAAGAAGUGCCUGGAGAAAUCGGCUGGCGUAAGGUGCAUAGAUGGUUCUGUCAUGAGUUUUUUGAAGUUCGCCCCUAACCUGUAUAUCCUCACGGUAGAGCUUAUUGAGGACAAGUUCCUGAAGGAAAACGAGCUUCUGAAAAACUGCUACGCCAAGGCGGUGCUGCCCCUCAGGGCAUACGCUCGACACUACGAGAGGUUUAUCGACUUCUAUCUUCUUAAUAUCACAACCUAUAUGCAGGCAUAUGCUGAAGCCCACAAGCCAUCCUCGGAGGUAAAGCGGGACAUUCUCGAAAACAAGCGAUUGAAGGAGGAGGUCCGCGAAAUCCUGCCUGCCUUUAUUACCAUUGGACCGUUUUACAUAAACGUGGAUACAAUGAAGCAGUUUAUGAUAAAGAAACGCAUUGAAGUCGUGAGGCGGAUUUUCGAGUAUUACGUUGACCGAAUGUAUGAGACGAAUGAGGCUCUGCUGGACCGUUGCCUGGAGAUGUUCCGCAGAAUCGCAGAACGUCCAAUAAGCAUUGAACACCUGUACGAGAUUCGCGACUUUGCACAAACCGUUCCGGAUUUAGUGGAUGAGCUAAAGGCUGAUAUUCAGGUUAUGUGGCUGGAGUACGACCUGCUGGACAGCUUCUUUUACAACCUGAGUGACCACCAGUUCGCCAUGAAGUGGAACGUGUAUGCAUGGCCGCACCAGAUAAUGGUGCGAUUGUCCACCUUGAAAGACGAGCAGAAGGUGGACAUUGAGGAGUUUCUCCGCCUGCACGCCAGCGAGUGCCAGGCGUUUGAGGAGCGUCUGGAGUCCCUCAACGACGAGGUGCAGGCCUACUCACUGGCGUUUAAUACGAUCCGCGCCCAGGAGACUUCAGUAGAUAUUAAAAAGACGUGGGCCCUGAUUAAGGAGCUCGAGAAGAUCAGCCAAACACUGCAAUUCCGGCAGGAACUAUUUGAGCUAGAGCCACUCUCUGUUGAAUUCCUGGAGAGCAUAAUCGCGAGCUUUAAUCCCUAUAAAAACCUGUGGUACGCCUGCGCAAACUUUUUAAAGCUCGAGGACGCUACCUUGGGCAACCCGAUAGCGCAGAUGGACUUGGAGGAUGUGUGGAAUAGUCUGAUGAGGCUUCGCGAUGAACUCACCGAGUCAAUGAAAAUAUUUCACGAAAAAAUCGAGAUUAUGGAUGUGGCCAAAACGUUCAUUGCAAAGAUCGACGAUUUCGUUCCAGUUUACAAUAGCAUUAAGGAUAUUCGAAAUGAGAACUGGAUGUACAUUCACUGGCAAGAACUAGGAGCGGUGACCGGGCAAGAGAUUAAGUACUCCGUAGCGAUGAACUAUCAGUACCUCAUACGUAAGGGAAUCUUGGACUUCCUGCCCGAAGUCCAUAUUAUCUCAGAGAAGGCCAACAACGAGGCGGAGGAAAUUCGGUGCGCCAUCGAGGAGGAAGAGAGGCGAAAGCAGGCCGAAUUGGAUGCUCUGCUGUUGCGCAAACAACUCCGCAAGUGUCGCAGGGAUAUACUGUAGUAUACUGUAGUUGUUGAAAUCGUUUGAAUGCACUACAAGAUAGUUUCUGGAUAGACAUCUAUCUGCCUGAAACAACGGCUCGACUGGGCUCUGGGAUGGUGUUCUGUUUUUCCCUCUUUAUAGCCGUAACACGUAAAGUAAAUGGGUGUAAAAGAUUCA